AUAUUUGAUGCUAGCAUGGUCUUCUUUACCACGGAUGCCAAUCACCAAAUAAGAGGUUUUGCCUUGGCCACCAUCGCAUGGAUAAUGUGCAACACGUCCAUGGGCCUUCCACAAUGGCGAAUUUUGUACUUGGAAGAACCCAUGAUUUCCCUCCCAAGCAUGGCUUUUGUAGGUAUGUGGAGAGCCUGUAUUUGCCACCAUGCCGACGAUUCCAGCCACCUGAGAGUCUGUCAUCACUACUCCUACCGUGACACCCUUGUUCCUUUGGAUAUCCGGGUAGCUCAACAUCUGCUCCUAGUUGCCAGCAUAAUCGGUCUGGUUGGAACAGCUUGUGCUGUCUUUGCUCUUCAGCAGGUCUACAGCGAGAAGCCACAGAAGAAUGACAAUUACAAUCCAUUUGUCAUUUCAGCUGUUCUCAACACUAUUGCUAGCAGCUUUAUUUUUCUUGCUGUUAUGUGUAAUUACUUCUCUGUCUCCAGCAAAGAGGGAAUAGCUUUUUUGCCUUCUUUCCAAAUGCCACUAUUUGUAUAUGCUCAAAGAGCAGGAAGUGCCAUGGGUGUGGCAUGCAUAGCAGCCAUACUGUUUUUAUUAAGUGCUAUAAUUUUGAUUUCUUUCUGUCCCACCUCGGAAAGAGAAAUGCUUCCUGGUGUUUGA